CCGUGUAUGUUCCCCGUCGGAUCUUUCAAGCGACGGACCGUCUUACGUGCCUACCCGAGAGGUUGUCCUCUACGAGUUUUGGAAGCACUGUUUUUAUAAAUGAGUGUCUGUUAGCAGUGGUGUGUCCUAACUGACUGGAAGAUAAAGUUAAGGUUGAAGGAUGACAUCCAGAGGGACGCCGAGCCGCUUCCUGAGGAGCGUUCUUCACAACGGCGUGGGCCGAUACGUGUGUCAACUGAAGCGGGUCUCCAUCAUCUUCUCCAAAAAAGCUCAGGGCUCACUGGGAGUCAGGGAUUUCAUAGAGGAGGGAGUGGUGGAUUAUGCCAAGAAUAACCCAGGAACUGUUGUCUAUGUGUCUCCUCAGCCCUGCAGAGUCCCUAAAAUAGUCGCAGAAUACUUAAAUGGUAACACAAAGGAGGAACUGGUCACCAACAAAACGUCACAGCAGGUUUUAGAGGUUCUCACCAAGCUGACUGACCAGUCUGGCCUGGACAUCAUUCGUAUCCGCAAGCCGUUUCACACAGACAGUCCCAGCAUCCAGGGCAAGUGGCAGCCGUUCACAAACCGACCCCCAUCUGCCGGCUUCAUCAGACCACAGAACCAACAUGCAGAAUAAAGACUUACUAAAGUUAAUGUUGAAACAGCUGAAUGCUUCCACAAACUGAUGGGGCUUGGCUUCAGGUUAUUUCCUAAGAUUCCUGCUUACAAAACCCUGUUCUAAAGAUUGCUUUUAUUAUAUCCACCAUCCUGUUAGCUGGCAGCAUUACAGCCACAUGCAGAAGCAUCCAUGCAGCUUUCAGUGCUGCAUGAGUCAAUAGAUGCAUACAUCAGAGGUUCCACAUCUGCCAUGCUAAGCAGCAGUUGAGUGGUCUUUAAUUGCAAUAUUAUUUGAAAAUUUGUACAGUCAAUGCAUUGUAUUAAAAUAAAAAAAAGGUUAAAUUA